AUGGAUGCGCCGCCGUGGAGAAGGCGGUGUACGGCGGAUGAGAACUGCGGAAGAGCAAGUGCUGUCUGUUAUGAACUGAAUCUUUUAGUCCAUGAAAAUACAGAAUUGACCCUAGAUGAACGGUAUUAUUACGGAAAUACAAUGGAAGCUGACCAUCGAGGCGCAACCAUACGCAGAAAUCGAGAAGUCACACCCGGCCGCCAUCAAGCGAAGAGGGUUCCGAUCGAAAAACUCCGCCUCCCCCAACGAGGCAACGACCUCAGAUGCUGGAAGUUUUUGAAGAAGAAGGCCCGCAGCCAAUUGGUGGCUCGGCUCGCAAGGUCGAGAUACCGUGGAUUGGAGGCGGAUCUCGGUUUUGUUGCUCGUUGUAAGAUGGCGAUGAUCAUCGACUGUUCGGUUCCAGCAUUAAUGAUUUUUUUUUGUCUGGGAGCUUGA